AUGAACACCAAUCUCCACCACCUUAAACCACCACUCCUAAUUCCACACCUUUUUUUCUCUCCUGAAAACCCUCACCAACUCCGUCCUUACAAGCGACGCCGUCUUAAACCAUGUAAAAACAGCAACAACUUUCUAGAACCUUUCCAGAACCUUAUUUCACAAUUCCCGUCACCAAAAACACUCGAUAUCGUCGCUCCUGCUUUAGGCCUCGCUUCAGGCUUAACUCUCUAUCUCUCUCAAUCAAACAAAUUUUCAAAAUCCUCAAACAUCGGCGAGUGGAUUCUUUUUUCUAACCCGACGCCGUUUAACCGUUUUGUAAUUUUACGCUGCCCUUCGAUAUCUUUGGAAGGGAGCGAGUUGUUAGAAAAUGUGAACGAUAAGUUAGUUAAAGAGGAUAGGCAUUUUGUUAGGUUAAAUAGCGGGAGAAUUCGGGUGAGGACAGAGAGUAGUGAGGGAUUUUUGGAGGAGAAAUUGGAGUAUCAAAGGGUGUGUGUUAAUGCGGAGGAUGGUGGUGUUAUUUCGAUUGAUUGGCCGGCGAAUUUGGAGUUGGAAGAAGAACAUGGAUUGGAUACUACUUUGUUACUUGUUCCUGGAACUGCCAACGGCAGUUCGGAAGAGAAUGUUAGGUUUUUUGUGGUUGAUGCACUUAGGCGCGGCUUUUUCCCUGUCGUCAUGAAUCCUAGAGGAUGUGCUGGUUCACCAAUUACCACGGCCCGGUUAUUUACAGCAGCUGACAGCGAUGAUAUCUCCACAGCUGUACAGUUCAUCAGUAAGGCAAGGCCAUGGACGACAUUAAUGGGUGUUGGAUGGGGAUAUGGUGCAAAUAUGUUGACAAAAUAUUUGGCUGAAGUUGGGGGAGAAAUUUUUCAAGGAAGAGCAAAGGGGUUUGAUGUGGAAAAGGCUUUAGCGUCAAAAUCUGUGCGUGAUUUUGAAAAAGCAAUAUCUAUGGUAUCUUAUGGCUUUGAGGAAAUAGAAGACUUCUAUUCAAAAUCUAGCACACGAGGCAUGGUUGGGAAUGUCAAGAUUCCCGUUCUUUUUAUCCAGAGUGAUGAUGGGACAGUGCCGCUCUUCUCCAUUCCCCGCAGUUUGAUUGCCGAAAAUCCAUUCACAAGCCUCCUUUUAUGUUCUUAUAUGCCGUCUAGUGCUGUUGAAAGUGGCAGAGCUGCUGUAUCAUGGUGCCAGAAUCUAACAAUUGAGUGGCUCGCAGCUGUGGAGCUUGGACUUUUGAAGGGUCGUCAUCCUCUUCUGAAAGAUGUAGAUUUUAACAUCAACCCCUCAGAAGGCCUAACUCAUGUGGAAAGCAGAGCAUCUGAUAACGGAGUUCAACUUAAUAAGCUCUUAGGUAGUUUCCCCACUGAUGCUAGUGGAUACACUGUAGAACCUUUAAACAAGAUGCUUCAAAAUAGUACUGCUGUCAGACUACAAUCAAGAUCCAGAAAAGUUUCAGGAGAUUUAAAACUCGAUGAAGGACUGCAAGAAUUGGAAAAUGAUGCAGUGCAACAGACAAGCUCUGUUGAUGCUGAAUUGAUCGAACAGGAUUCUGCAGAUCCUGUAGAUAUUGAAAAAGGUCAAGUGCUACAAACAGCACAGGUGGUUAUGAAUAUGCUUGAUGUGACGAUGCCUGGUACUCUGUCAGAAGAAGAAAAGAAGAAGGUAAUGCUCAGAUUUGCAAUUCUAGCUAAUUUCACUGAGGCUUUGAAUCCUACAAUUUCUUCCCUUUUUUUAACCUUUAAAAGGCACAUGUCUAGGCUAUUCUAUGACACUGAUCUAGUGCUUGUCCAGGUUUUGACUGCUGUGGGUCAGGGAGAGACACUUAUGAAAGCUUUGCAAGAUGCUGUACCAGAGGAAGUUCGUGGAAAGCUUACAACUGCUGUAUCUGGGAUUCUGCAAGCUCAACACACAAACUUAAAAAUUGAUAGACUACUGAGCAUAGGUAAGAUUCCUAAUGUUUCUAAGACAAAGAUCCAGGAAAAAGUCAGAGAAGUAUCGAGUGCAGAAGGCACAUCUAAAGAUCGACAUUCCCCAGAUCAGAUGAAAAGGGAUGAGGAUUUGACAGAUGGAUCUGUUAACAAUCAACCUGGGACAGAGAAGUCUGGUGCUGGAUCUGAGCAGGAGCUUCAAAAAUCUAUCAAAACAAGUCAGUCUCAGGCAAUGAGCAGUCAACAAGGCGAUCCAUCUGGUUCUGAUAGGAAGGAACCAAAUGAGUCAGGACACAAGAAUGAGAGUGAUGAGCUCAUCAAAGAAAAAGCUGCAUCUCAAUCUGAGAGUAGUGAGAAGAGAUUGGAAACCAGCAGUAACCCUAAUAUCACCAGCCAUGCUGAGAAGGCAGGUGGCACGGAAGAAACAAUUGUUGAUGCAUCCAAAGUGGAACAGGGUGGUGGAAUGUCUCAAGUAGAAACUAAAAUGGAGCAUAGCACCCAGAAAAAUGAAGAGAAAACUGCAAAUUCUGCUGCUGAUCAAAAUAGGAUAGUUUCAGCCAAUAUGACGGAAGAAAAGAUUCCACCAGCAGCAUCCACUCCUGACUCUCAACCAAUUGAAAGGGAAGGAAAUGAUGAUCAGAAGAGGGAAAACAAAACCGUGCAACCUGCUCUUGACCAAAAUAAGCCUCCCAUAUCUGAUUCUAAUCCUCAUACUUUCAGUGUUACUCAAGCGUUGGAUGCCUUGACAGGAAUGGAUGAUUCCACCCAAGUGGCUGUUAACAGUGUUUUUGGUGUGAUAGAAAACAUGAUUUCUCAGUAUGAAGAGGAAACAGACCAUGAAAACAAAAUCAAGAAUAAAAAAGAGGUCGAGGAUGAGUCAGUUGAUUCCAAGCCUCAGAAACUGGAAAACGUUGAUGACUUGGGCACAUGGUCAGACACAUUACGUCAUCCUCCCAUACAUAAGCACCAUGAAAGUGAUGACUACUUACAGAAUGCUGCAAGUACUGAAUGGGUAGAGGAGGAACCCACUGAGGAUCCCAUUUUGUUUAGUGGGAAAGAAGAAGGUCAAUGGAAGCUCCUGGAGCAGACAGGAAUCACUGGAGAAUCUGUUGGAGGUGUUACCACCAGUAAUGGUGCUGGCAUCAAGGUUCAGGUCCAUUCCUCUGGAAAAGAAAACGAUGGAGAAAAUUAUAUUGAACCAUCAUACUACGUAUUAGAUACUGAAAAGCAACAGGAACCUGUUGAAGAAUAUAGCAGAGUGGAAAAUUUUAACGAAAAUGUUGAAAACAGUGACAGCAGAUUAGAUGAGUUAAUAGAGUUUGUGAAAAUUGUUGUAUUGGAUGCUUUGAGGAUUGAAGUUGGUCGCAAGCUAGGUGCAGCUAACAAGAAAGAAAUGAAAUCCUAUCUUGCCAGAGAUCUUGAACUAGUUGCAGAUGCUGUGUCUUUGGCUGUUGGACGUAACAUGGAUCCUACAUGGUGCUUGGAAGGUAAAUAUAAUAGAAUUGAAGGUACUGAAGAAAAAGUUGGUACUGUUCAAGGGGAGCAUAUCGUCAAGGCCAUUUCAUCUGCUAUUCUUAGAACAAAUUAUCUGAGAAGAUUAUUGCCAGUUGGUGUCAUUAUAGGGUCCAGCUUAGCUGCUUUGAGAAAAUAUUUUAAUGUAGCUACAAGGAACGAUAAUGACAUAAAAUCCCCUGGUCAAACCCAAAAUCAUUGGCAGAAAAGUCAAGACAAGGUCAGUAUAAAGGAGAUUGAUCAUAAACCUACCAUCAAAACUGGUCAGACAACAAGUUUCAGCAGUUCAAGAAAUAGAGAAGGAGAAGAAGCAACAUUGAAAACUAAAAACAAUGAUAGAGUCAUGGUUGGUGCUGUUACAGCUGCCUUGGGAGCAUCUGCUUUACUAGUUCAGCAUGAGGAUCAAAGCAAUUCCAAGGAUGGUGGGGAAAGGUCAUCCAAAUUCUCAAAGGAAAGAGGAAAUCAUCGAAAGGCAGCUGAAAAGCUGGAAGAGACAGAGUCUGAAAAAAACCAGAACUUAGUCACAAGCCUGGCUGAGAAGGCCAUGUCCGUUGCUGGUCCAGUGGUUCCCACAAAGGAAGGUGGUGGAGUAGAUCAAGAAAGGCUGGUUUCAAUGUUAGCCGACUUGGGACAAAAGGGUGGCAUAUUGAAGCUGGUUGGUAAAAUUGCUUUGCUUUGGGGUGGUAUACGCGGUGCUAUGAGUCUUACAGACAGGCUGAUUCUGUUUCUGCAUCUAGCUGAACGCUCCUUGUACCAGAGGAUUCUUGGGUUUGCUGGCAUGGUGCUUGUUUUGUGGUCACCAGUCAUUGUUCCAUUGCUUCCCACACUUGUACAGAGCUGGACAACAAACACUUCCUCCAGAUUUGCUGAGUUUGUUUGCAUUGUUGGCCUCUAUACUGCUACUAUGAUACUUGUUGUGUUGUGGGGCAGACGAGUACGUGGAUAUGAAGAUCCACUAGCACAAUAUGGGCUGGAUUUGACUGCAUUGCCUAAGACAGUUGUGGAUAGGCCUAAUGAUGGUUGUGUGAGUUUCUCUUGGCCUUCAAGUCUUCCUUCAUCUUCCUUGGAUGCCAUGACAUGGCUGAAAGUGUAUGGACAAAUGAUCAUGCUAGCUGGUCGAGGAAUUAUAACAGCAGCAGGCAUUGUGCUGGUUGAGGAAUUGCUUUUCAGAGCAUGGUUGACUGAAGAAAUUGCAGCAGAUCUUGGUUAUCAUCAAGGAAUUAUUAUUUCAGGACUGGCAUUCUCUCUUUUCCAGAGGUCUCUUUGGGCAGUACCAGGGCUUUGGCUUUUCUCUCUGGCUCUUGCAGGGCUUCGGAAAAGAAGCAAAGGGAGCCUGUCCGUUCCAAUUGGGUUGAGGACGGGGAUAAUGGCUUCAAGUUUUGUUUUACAAACAGGUGGCCUUUUGACCUAUAAGCCCAAUUAUCCUGUUUUGGUAACUGGUACACAUCCCCACCAACCUUUCUGUGGGGCAAUUGGUCUUGCAUUCUCUUUAUUGUUGGCCAUAAUUCUCUAUCCAAGGCAGCCUCUAGAAGAGAAGAACUUGGGAAGGGCCACACAGGGAUGA